GUCGACAAUUAAUGAAUUUCCAGCCAACUGCUGCUUUGUUUUGGCUCUUUCUGUGGUUGUGUGGACUUCAAGCAUGUCAUGCUACGAGUCUGUAAAAAGUGGCAGAUCAGAUAGGCGAAGGAAUUUGAACACUGCUUGUGAUUCGUCUGCUCUGGAUUCAAUACGGAUAGAAAUAGAAGUCUAUUCUAGCAACAUCAAACAGCAGAAAUACGACAUUAGCAAAUGUGCAGACUCGUCGAAAAAACGUGGCCAUCUCCGACAAAAGAUGGAAAAAGAAAAGAAAAAACUUGCAGCAGUCAUUGAGUUGUACACUUCGAAGUCUGGUGAGGAGAUUGUGAUUGAAGAUGUCACUAAGGAAGAUUACAUUUUCCCUUGGGAGCAAUGUUCAGUCAUCCAUGGUAUUGAACCCAAGGACUGCUUGGUAUUAAAAAAGUGUGUCCGCCAUUUUGAUUCCCCAGUCAACUAG